CUGUGAUUCUCUGCAGGAUCUUGCAUGAUGGAGAAUGAAACCUUUAGUCUGCAUAUUAUUCAGCUGGAGGGGUUGAAGGUCAGCCCUGAGUACUCCAUUGCCGUGUUUGUCCUCCUCAUUGUCAUCUACAUCUUCAUCAUAGUGUCCAACUUCAGCCUUUUAAUUCUCAUAUUCAUGGAGAGGAGCCUCCAUGAGCCCAUGUACCUGCUGUUCUGCAACAUGAGCCUUAAUGAUGUGUUCGGGGCCUCUGUGGUGGUUCCACGUGUUCUUAGAGAUGUUCUGACGCCGAUGGCGCAGCGCUACAUUCAUUACCACGAGUGCGUCAUUCAGGCGUUCUGUGCUCACUUCCACGGAGGAACCAGCCACACGGUGCUCAUGAUCAUGGCCUUGGACCGCUACAUGGCCAUUUGCAACCCGCUGCGAUACUCCGCCAUCAUGACCACCAGGAUGGUGGUGGGGCUGUCGGUGGCAGCCUGGGCGGUCUCCUUUGUUCUGAUUGUGGUGAUGAUUGUCCUCAACGUCCGUUUGUCCCGCUGCAGGCACGAGAUAAGCCAUCCGUACUGUGACAAUGCCUCCCUCUUCAUGCUCUCCUGUGAAAACGUCCUCAUUAACCACAUCUAUGGUCUGGGCAGUGCCAUGACCAUGAUGGCCUGCUCCGUGUGCAGCGUGGCGUUCACCUACGUGAGAAUCGCCAUGGUGUGUUUGUAUAAAAAGAACAAGGCUCUGUUCAGCAAAACACUGCAGACCUGUUCCACCCACCUGGCCGUGUACAUCCUGCUCUUAGUGUCUGGGAACAUCAUCGUUAUUCUCCAUCGCUUCCCUCACUUAUCGGACCACAAGAAGCUGGCAGCCAUGUUGUUCCAUGUUGUUCCUCCUUCCAUGAACUCUGUUAUCUACGGUCUGCAAAUCAAAGCAGUCAGAGAAAAAAUUCUCGUCCUGUUUUCAAAGAAGUGA